ACACAGCUGGGUUAAAAUUUGAGAGGUGCACGCGAUUCAAUUUGGCUUCUUUAUGCCUCCAGAGGUUCCGCAAUUGCGUCACACCAUCCACACGGCGCCUCUGACCACAUUUCGGAUCAAGCAUAAAUUGGCUCUAACAUUUUAAAUGCCAGUUGUCAGAUGAGCAGCGAGCACAGCGCGAACGGUAGCAGCUAGUCAGAGGACAUCGUAGCGCAGCGCACAGCUCUGAUCUGUACAAGGAGGAGGAUGCGGGUCUUCGCUGUCAUCUGGGCCAUUGGGUUCUUCUUGAAGGAAGCGCAAGCCUGGGGCUUCAGAAAUGGAAUAUUUCAUAACUCCAUAUGGCUGGAGCAAGCCGCCGGAGUCUACCACAGGGAAUCGCGUAAAGGGAGAUACCAGCUGACUUAUAAGGAAGCCAAGGCCGUGUGCAAAUACGAAGGAGGGACACUGGCCACUUACGAUCAACUGGAGGCUGCUCGUCAGAUAGGUUUACAUGUGUGUGCGGCUGGAUGGUAUGACAAAGGACGUGUGGGCUACCCUAUCGUCAAAGCCGGUGCCAACUGUGGUUUCGGCAGGGUUGGCAUCAUCAACUAUGGGUACAGGUUGAACAAGAGUGAGAGAUGGGACGUCUACUGCUACAACCCCAACUGUGAGUCGUAAAAACAUGACAAAUGGGAGCAUUGUAGUUACUCCACAAUACUAACCUAAAUGACAACCUGCACAGAAUACAAAAUAUGCAAGACAUGCAUUCUAAAGUA